GCAUAAUGUAGGAUCGGUGAGUGCUAAAUCCGUCCUCUUCGGUCCACUGAUAAUGUAUGUGGGUGUUCCCUGUUGCAAAUAUAAUGCCUGGCUGUCCUCAUCCUCGGCCUCGUCCACACCCACUUCUACAAACCGCGACAAGUCGAAUAUCUCGAUCCCUAUUCCUACACAACGGUGAGAGUUCCAAAACAAAUUGAAAAACCAGAGGCUACAUCUCCCAACGAGAUGCCAGGGUCUUCCUUGUCGGUCAACGCCGUACCAAAUGAGGCACCGCCAGCGUUCGAUGCGCCGCCACCAAUGCCUCCGCCGCCCUACUUCAAGAUUCACUUCAUCAAACCAAGCUCUUUUAAGUCCGCUAUCAACGACAAAGUCGACAAGCCUCUGGUCUCACUGUUCCGCUUGAGUGUACAGGUACUCCAGCUCAUUUUUGCGCUGGCCUCGGGCAUAUCAUACGCCAUUGAGCUGAGACGCGGCGGUGGACGUGGAGGAGCAUCAGGAAGCUUCGUCUUCUCGCAGGUCGUGUUCAGUGCCACGCUUCUCGUCCUGAUUAUCAACGGAGUGACCGUGCGAUACUACCGCUUCUCAUGGAUGACCGACUGGACCCUGGCAUUGUUUUGGUUUGCACUCUUCGCAGUUUUUUAUGAGGUCUACUUUGGCGGUGACAUGACACCAGCAUAUGGCGGGGUAAACGCAGGGCGGAUGGAGGGAGCAGUCUGGUGCGACCUCGUCAAUGCGUUGUUGUGGUUGGGAAGCGCGCUCUUCUCGUCGACGAUGUGCUGUUCAGGCGUUAAGGCAUCCAUCAAGGGAAAACUUAGGGAUAGGAGAGAGAAAAGGGAGAGAAGGAAGAUGAUGGAGACGAUGGGGGAGGUGGAGAUGGGAACCAUUCCCACGUAAUGAUGAAUGUUCCUCGCCUUUUUGCUGAAGUUAUUUCAGCGACUUGGCAAAUACUUCUCUUCCCGCUGCUUGUUACUCAAGACUAUUGAAUAGUAUGGCGCCUCCAUGAUGACAGGAGCUUCUUCGGCGGUUUACAGCUUGGCUUUCUGUUCUGUGGGAAUUGUGCGUACCGACGUUGACGAUGAUCGUUACUAGAGGGCUGUGCGGCUAGGUAAGCGACCGCGGCAGGGGCGGUCUGCGUCAACGCCGACGGCAUCUUCCACCUGGCGGAGGCAGACUCAUCCUUCUGCAGCUGA